GGGCUUCAAUUCCUGCCUCUGCCCUGUGUGUGCAGAGUUUCCAUGUUCUCCCUGUGCUUUGGAGGUUUCCUCCGGGUACUCCAGUUUCCUCCAACAGUCCUAAGAUAUGCCUUGUAGGCUGAUUGGCAUUUCUAAAUUGUCCGUAGUGUGUGGAUGGGUGUGUGUGUGUGCGAUUGUGCCCUGUGAUGGAUUGGCGCCCCGUCCAGGGCGUCCCCUGCUUUGUGCCCUGAGUCCCCUGGGUUAGGCUCCAGGCUCGCCAGGACCCUGUGUAGGACAUGCAGUACAGAAAAUGGAUGGAUGGAUGGAUGGAUAAACUAAUCAUCUCCUAUAUUACACUACAUACAGCACAUCUUACCCACACACACACACGUCUGGGUUUUGUAUUGGAGCAUUUUGAUUACACAGCAAGAGUAACAUUAUUGCCUACAUCUACAAAAGAAAAAAGAAGAAAAAACUCACUCAUAUACAGUAUGAGAGUCGCCUCUCGAAGUUCACCUCAAAGAGCCGACUCAGGGAGCCGACUCAGAGAGCCGACUCGUUCGCGAGCGACUCAUCACUAUUAAAGUUCCCGCGUAGUUUAAUUAAUGGCACCUGCACCCGCAGCGCGCGCGCCACCUUCCCACUUCCUCAGUCCUGGUCCUCCAUUUGCUUUCAGCAAGACUGACUCAAGACUGUGUGGUGUUAAAUACUUAGUAAAUGAGCGUUGAGUGUUGAUUUCCUGAAACACGGCUUGAUAUGUUUCAUGUGCAGAGAUGGAGCAGGAGUGCGGAGUCAGAGUGAUGUGUCGGUUCAGACCUCUGAACGAGUCAGAAGUCAAGAGAGGAAGCAAACACAGCAUCAGGUUUAAAGGCAGUGACACAGUGGUGCUCAGUGGUAAGCCUUAUGUGUUUGACCGGGUUUUGCCACCCAACAUGACGCAGGAGCAGGUUUAUGAAUUCUGUGCUAAAGACACUGUCAGAGAUGUUCUGGGUGGCUACAAUGGCACCAUAUUUACCUACGGCCAAACAUCAUCAGGGAAAACGCACACCAUGGAGGGGAGGCUUCAUGACCCUCAGAUGAUGGGGAUAAUUCCUCGUAUCGCUCAUGAUAUAUUCGAUCACAUUUACUCCAUGCAGGAGAACCUCGAGUUCCACAUUAAGGUUUCUUACUUUGAAAUCUACCUGGAGAAAAUCAGGGAUUUGUUGGAUGUGUCGAAGACUAACCUGGCGGUGCAUGAGAAUAAAAAUCGUGUUCCGUAUGUAAAGGGUUGUACUGAGCGCUUUGUCUCCAGUCCGGAGGAAAUGAUGGACGUGAUUGAUGAUGGAAAAGCAAACCGACAUGUAGCAGUAACCAAUAUGAACGAGCACAGCUCCCGUAGCCACAGCAUCUUCCUCAUCAAUAUCAAACAGGAGCACCUGGACACGGCACAUAAACUCACAGGAAAACUCUACCUGGUCGACCUGGCUGGCAGUGAGAAGGUCAGUAAAACUGGUGCCGCAGGCGCAGUGCUGGAUGAAGCAAAAAUGAUCAACAAGUCUCUGUCAGCUCUUGGCAAUGUAAUCUCUGCACUGGCAGAGGGGACUAAAACCCACGUGCCGUACCGUGACAGUAAGAUGACUCGGAUCCUUCAGGAUUCUCUGGGUGGAAACUGCAGGACCACCAUCAUCAUCUGCUGCUCUCCAUCUGCCUUUAACGAGGCCGAGACGAGAUCUACACUCCUCUUUGGAAAAAGAGCAAAGAGCAUCAGGAACACAGUGUGUGUGAAUUUGGAGCUGACAGCAGAGGAGUGGAAGAAGAAAUAUGACAAAGAGAAACAGAAAGGCGUUAAUAUGAAAGAGCUCAUAGAGAAACUACAGAUAGAGCUCAGUCAGUGCAGAACUGGUGUGUGUGUACCUGUGAUGGAGCAACUGAGUAACAAAAAACAGGAAGAGCUUAGUGACCGCACACCAAUCAUCAGUAAUGGCUUGACUUCUGAAAUGCCAGCUUUGGAGAACGGUCAGUACGAGGAGAACAUCAACAACCUGUACAAACUACUGGAUGAUAAGGAUGAAGAGAUUAACCUACAGACACAGCUGGUGGAGAAACUAAGGCUACAGAUGGAAGUGCAGGAAGAGUUCAUGGCCUCGUCGCAGCGGGACUGCGCUCGUGUUCAGGAGGAGCUGUGUUCUCUGCAGAGAGACAACGAGGAGAUGAGGGGAGAGGUGAGGGAGGUGCUGUCUGCACUGGAGGAACUCGCUCUUAACUACAACCAGAAGAGUCAAGAGGCAUCCAACUCAACACACACCAACCGCACACUCAGUGAGCAGCUCGCCAUGAAGAACGAGAUGCUAGAGGCCACUCAGAGUGAGUUAGCAGAGCUGCAGGAACUCAACGCUGUUCAGAAGAGGAGGACAGUGGACGUUCUCCAUGUGCUGCUGAGAGAUCUGAGCGACAUGGGAACCGCCAUCUGUGUUAGUGAAAUCAAAAUGACGUGUGAGGAUGGUGUUUCUUUAGAGGACGAGUUCUCAGUGGUUCGGCUUUUCCUCACAAAGCUCAAGUCUGAAUUGAAAAGCCUUGUCAAUCGCACCAAACAGUUAGAGUCCACCCAUGAGCACACUUCGUUCAAGAUCCUGGCCAGUGAGAGAGAGCUAGCAUCCUGUCACGUGCUCAUCUCUCAGUACCAGAUGAAGAUCAAGUCUUUGACUGAGUGUGUGCAGAAUGCCGAGGAGACGAGGAGAUCGCUGGAGAUCACUCAGCGCACGCUUGCUGAAGAGAUAACCAAACUUCACACAUACGAAAGCAACCGGGAUUUGUGUGAACUUGAGAAGCAGAAAGAGCUCCUAAAGAUAACCCAGUCGCAGCAGAGCCAGGAUGCUCUGACUGAAGGUCACAGAGAGACUCAGUCGAAGAUGUUGGCUCAACUGCGCGAGGAGUUCAACAACAAACAGAGGAUGUUGGAUGAACUGAAGGAGUUUAACGAGAAUCUGUUGCUGGAGCAGAAAAGGCUGCAGUGUGAAUAUGAAACACUGAGGAUGCGAGAGCAGGAGAAAGAAAUCAAACUACAGAAACUAAUCGUGUCUAAUGAGAAGACAGAGCACACCAGUGAUGAGCUGAGAGGCUUUGAAGAGACAUUGGCCCGACAACUCCAGUCUCUACAUAACUUGCGGAAGAUGUUUGUGAAGGAUCUAACUACACGUGUGAAAAAGAGCACUGUCCCGGACUGUGAGGAUGGAGGAAGCCACGUGUUACAUAAACAUAAGAUCUCCUUCCUGGAGAACAAUCUAGAACAGCUCACCAAAGUCCAUAAACAGCUGGUACGAGAAAACGCAGACCUGCGCUGUGAGCUGCCCAAACUGGAGAAGCGUCUGUGUGCGAUGAUGGAGCGGGUGAAGGCUCUCGAGUGCGCACUCAGAGAGGCCAAACAGAGCGCAUCACGAGAGCGCAGACUCUACCAGCAGGAGGUGGACCGCAUCAAAGACACAAUAAGAGCCAAGAACAUGGCCUGCUGCGGUCACCCUGCUCUCAUUGCUAAGCCUAUUCGUGCUGGCCACCAUCACACCUUCUCUGUAACUUCUGGGAGAGAAGGACCAACCGUCUAUAGCUAUCAUCAUAUUUAACUGUCAUUGCCACUAUGUGUGUGUGUGUCCAGUUGACUGUUUUCACUGUGGACUUGUGAUUUUGAUUUGGCUACAGAUGCAGGGGAAGCAUAGAAUCUAUGAUAUGGUGAGGUUAUCUGUAAGGAAAUGUUUAUUUAGCAUUUUUGGAAGGAGUCUCCAGUGUCAGUGCUUUGCAAAAGUCAAAGGUAAGACUGGUUUUUAAGGUUUCCACCAAGUUUUCGUGUAACAGCACGUCACUGAGGUUUUUAUUCCUUACUCAGCGAAGGGAAAAUAUUCCAUAAGAGCAGUCCUUUUACAAGCACGCAUGUGUCAACACAAGAACGUUACAUAUUUGAAUCAGGUGUAUUAGAGCAGGAAUAUACUGAACUACACUGGGUUGUGAUACCUUGGCUAAAGCUCAGGACAGGAGCUUUGGAUUUUGGGCUAUGAGUGAUUUAUUUUUUUUUUUUCUUUCUUCUCCUCAGGUGGAGCCCAAGCUGAGUAGCACUUUGAGUUCGACCUAAGGAAUCUAAAAAUCUUGAGUAAUUUUACUGGAUUUUAUACAAAUAAAUACAUAUAAAUAAGUGUUCCUCAAUGUAACCCCAAUAUUUUAACUCUGAGUUUGUGUAAAUCACCCAAAACAUGAUAAACCUUGGUGGUUGUAUAAUUGUCUUAGUUUACAAUGAUUGUAGUUGAAGUUAAGAAAGAAAGUACUUAGACUAAUUUCUGACUGCAAAUUAAGAUCGAACAGAAUUAGACUGACAGAUGUGUAUAAUUGCUUUAGUGUGGCUAUGGGAGGAAAAGAAGUCCGUAUGGCUUGAAGUCCAUAUGGCUGAAAAAGACGAUAAUGGUGCAGGCUGUGCUGUGGUUGCUCUUGUGUAUGAUGGUGCUUUUGCGUUACGUUGUGCACUUCUCAGGCUGAUGCGUUGUGUGAUUUUAUUUAUUUUCCCAGGCUGACUGCCUUAGUGAUGCUUCACCUCUCUGACUGUUCCGAAUGUGUGUGUGAGCCCUGGACCCUCUCCAUCAGCAUCGUUGGCUCUUUACACACCAAACAAUACGGCUUUAAAGUGUUACUGCUCAAGUUCUGAUGACAUUGUGUAAACAUGUCUUGAUGCGUCUUGACAGCUCUAUUCAGAUUGAGAUCUGGACGCUGCUGCAGAGGCCUCACGUAUAAAGUAGGUGAAGAAUACAGCGGACACCCCUUUCAACUGUUGUAAUAUAGAAGUGGAAGAUCUGUGUGGUCCACCAGACGGAAAUGAUUAUUAUAGGACGAAGAUCCCCUAACGAUAGACCUAUGUUCUGAUAUCAUCAAGCAGCGCAAUCCAGGC